UUGGUGGUCACGAGCCGAGGCGUGAGCAGCCGGAGAGGAGCUGCGCGUGCAGGUGGCUCGCGGCCGUCAGCACGCGCGCGCUCAGUCCACAGGAGGCAGAGAGACGCCGGUGUGCAGAGGCUCAGCCGUCACUUCCUGUGGUCAGAGUUCUCAGACGACAGGCGUCUCUUCCAUCAGGAGUUUGUCUUCGACGUCCUGCUGUUCGCUGUGGGCCGCGGCUUCUCCUGGCCGGACGUGGUGCGGGCGGCCGAGCUCGCCAAAGGCCUCUUCCCACAGAUGGACGGUCAGCAAACCCAGCAGCCCACGAUUUGCUUCCCAAACCUGACCUCCGUCCACCAGCACGACUUCACGCGUCUCCUCACAGACGGCUGCUUCAGGAGGAGCCGGCUCUUCCAGGCCGUGGCGGGCGGGGCCAAAACCUCCACGGUUCAGAUCCAGCUGCAGGUGGACCUGCCGCCCACGCCCUGUCCUCUAAAUAAGGGGACGGACAUGGAGCAGUGGGACACCCAAACUGAGCAGGCAGCAGAACUCAUCUCCGCCUGGCAGCAGAAGGAAGAAGAGCUGAGGCGUCUCAGAGAAAACCCUCAAGGUGCUGUGGGGCGGGUUCAGGCUGCAGUCGGGGCCUCUCUGGGCCAGGUGGCGGCCAGCCUGCAGCAGGAGGCCUUCCUGCUCACAGACAUCCUGCAGAUCAAGCUGCAGCUGGCUGCUCCGGCCACCAGGGGGCAGCACAGCCCAUCGCCCACCCAGCCAGCAGCCAAAGCUAAAACCAAAGCCAAAGGAGGACUGAAGGAGUCCGUAAAGGCGGCGUGA